ACCAUUUGAACAGCUCACGUAGGUCUUUCUUCAUUAUUGCAAUAUCAUCUUAACUUCCCAAAUAUCUAUACAGUAUAGCUAUCUAACAAAUAAUUAAAUGUGGCGGUGAAGGAGUUCUCAUAAGAGAUUAAAAAAUAAAUCCGGGUUUGUCAGUCGACCAGUCAGCGGGGUCAGUCAGCUGCUGCCUACCACUGGUUGAGGGAACAUGGCGCUCAGGGCUACCACCGUACUGCGUCUCCGUUCACCCAUUGCUUUGUGUGUGAGAGGCAUGUCAAAGGGUGAGCCUGGUUCAGGUUCUGGUCAAGGUGGUGGUACUGGUGGAACAAUCAGGGAUGCUGGCGGUUCCUUUGGUAAGAGGGAGGCAGCCCAGGAGGAGCAGUAUUUCCGUAAACUGCAACAUCAACAGCUGGAAAAAAUGAGGCAGGGACUUAAGCAAGAAGUAAAGUUUCAUGAAGACCAGAUCAAGGCUCAUAAAGAUGCUAUCAAGAGACAUCAUGAGCGUUUGGAUGAUCUUAAAUGAGUUGCAGGAAUAUAGAAAAUAAAAAAAAUGCAGUUUGUUUGCUCUUAAUCAUAAGUGUAUCAUACUUAAAACACAGCUAAUCUCUGAGCAAUGGUUGAAUUUUAUUUUAGCAGUUGUGCUGGAUGUAGUUCAGUGGACAUUUAAUUUCAUUUGGUUAAAGGCUCCUUUGUAUCAAGUAAAACUUAAAGCAAAUCAGUGCACUGUUGUAAAUAUUGUGUGAAUGUAUUGGAGAUUAUUGGCUAGUGAAAAAUAUUUGUAAUAAAGGAUGCCUAAGUGAA